AACAAUAUGAAUUUCUUUAUCUUGGCUGUGUAAAUAAUACUGGUAAAGGCGUGUUAAAAUGUUGAAUUAUUUAUAUACUGAAAUAACAAUAUAAAUUAAGUGCUCGGCGACACUACUAUCUCUGUGUGCACUGAGCUAAGUCUUAUUAUUUUUUAAAUACUGAUAGUCAUCACUCACUAGUAAUAGAAACAAAUUCAAAGCAGACGAUGUUGGUGAAAUGGACAUGGCUGUUGCUGAUGUUGUCGACGACGAUGGCAAAGAUGGUGUCAGGAGACAUGUGGACCCUACUUCGAACGCCUAUCAUACAAACACAGUCCGGUGAGCUCCGUGGUGCAGUGUCAUAUGGUCUUUCUGGGAGAUACUACUCCUACUACGGGAUCCCAUAUGCUUUGGUGAAGAAAAGGUUUCAGGCUGCUGUACCCGUGACGAAAUGGCAAGGUGUCUUCGAAGCUACCAAACGCGGCAUCGAAUGUAUGCAACGUGAAUGGUUCAACAUUUUACCUACACAUGGAACCAAUGUUAUAGGGCAGGAAGAUUGUCUAAUUUUAAAUGUUUACACACCAUUCAAAGCUAAUGAAUUAACUGAGCCACUUCCAGUAAUGGUUUUUAUACACGGAGGGGGGUUCAGAGAGGGUUCUUCCAUGCCGAACUUAUACGGACCAGAAUAUUUAAUAAACAAAGACGUAAUUCUCGUAACUAUUAACUAUAGAGUUGAAGUACUAGGAUUUUUAUGUUUGGGUAUAGAAGAUGCACCCGGCAAUGCUGGUCUUAAAGAUCAAGCUGAAGCUCUUAAAUGGGUUAAGAAAAAUAUAAGAGCAUUUGGUGGAGACCCUGAUAAUGUCACUAUCUUUGGAGAGAGUGCUGGGUCUGCUUCUGUUAUGUACCACCUGCUAUCUCCAAUGUCAAAAGGACUUUUCAAGAGAGGAAUCAUGGAAAGUGGAUCACCAAUAGCAUUCUGGAGUUUACAGUUUGAGCCACUUAAAAUUGCAAGUCAAUUAGCAAAAGAAAUGGGUUUCGAAACUAAAGAUCCUCAAGAGUUGUACGAAAUAUUCAUUAGCAAAAGCGCUGAAGAAUUGUUAAAAACGCGAGUUCCUAGGCCUAAAAGUACUUUAGUGCAGGCAGAAAACAUAUUUGUACCUUGCAUUGAGAAGACAAUACCUAACGUGGAACCCUUUAUUACUGAAGCACCUUACAAUAUCAUAUCUGAAGGUCGAUAUUCAAAUGUUCCAUUGAUAAUAGGGUACAAUAGUGUAGAAGGAUAUUACUUCGCCGGAAAAGAAAACGAUACAACUGUAGCAAAUAUGAACUUUUAUGCAUCAUUACCUAGAGAUUUAGAAUUUCCAUCAGAAGAUGAGGCUAUAAAAACUGCUAAAAUACUGAAACAGCUAUAUAUGGGUGACCAAAAGAUUUCUAAAGCUACAUUAGUAGAUUAUGAAGGAGAAUCGGGAAUAAGUUAUCCUGUGAUAGCUACUAUAGACCUUUUAUUGAAGACAAGUGAUGAACCAAUAUACUCGUACAAGUUUUCUAUAAGUGGUCUGUUAAAUCUUCAGAAAUUCAGAUCGGGAUUUCCAUUGUCUCCUGGAGCAGCACAUGUAGAUGAUCUUUUUUAUAUUUUCAAGCCAAAACUAACCACUCCUAUUGGAGUUUUUGAAAAUGAUGCAAUUGAGAAAAUGACUACUAUGUGGACGAAUUUUGCGAAAUAUGGAAAUCCGACACCGGAAUUAACAUCGCUUCUCCCUCUCAAAUGGCGAUCCACUGAUAAGGAAGAUCCCCGUGUCUUCAUUAUUGACAGAUUUUUUUCUACGGAACCUCUUUGGAACUCCGAAAAAUUUGCAUUUUGGAACGAAACUUACUCGAAGUAUAGGCGAACACAAUAGAUAUUAUGUUUGUAUUUUGUUGUGGAGCAGCGUAGUGGAGUAUGCUCCAUACCCCCUCCGGUUGAUUGAAGGGAGAUCUUUGCCCAGCGCUUUGUCUUUAGUUAUUUUAUUUCUGAUAAAGAUGAAGGACACUGUUAUUUUAUUGACAUAAUUUUUUAAUAGCAUUUUAUAGCCAGAAAAUUACAUUAUAAAUGUUUUGAUGGUUAUAAUAUACUUAAGUGAGUCUUACUAUUAUACCUAAAGAAUUAUUUUUAUUAUCUUUAGUAAAAUAUAUU